UUCGUAGUCAGACCACUGUAGGUCUGUUAGUGUGAGCUGCCCCGGUUGUCUGAUACGGGCAAAAAGAGAACAAACCCCGGCAGUUAAAGGAAGUGCGAUGAUAACAUAACGGCGCACUGACUGCCUGUUUCACCGAGGAGUGUACAAGAUGCCCCCGCAGCGAGUGUUCGCCCUGCCGAGACAACAGUCUCUGCUCCUGCCUGCGGUUAUCAACCCGUUCGUUCAAGACACAGAAUUAACCAAAACUGCAGUAAUUAAAUGUCUCCUGAUGGGAAUCUUCCUGGUUCCUUUUCGGGUCAUCUUCAUGUCUCUGGUUCUGAUAAUGACAUGGCCUGUGGCGUUCGUAAUCACCUUCAAUCAACCUCUGAAAGGAGCAGUGGAGCCAAUGACAGGCUGGAGACGGUUCAUGUGUAAAAGACUGAUGGCUGCCUUGGGGAGGGCCUACUACUUCUCUAUGGGUUUCAGAGUUGUGGUGAAAGGUAAACAGGUUAGCAGCAUUGAGGCCCCCAUUCUGGCCGUGGCCCCCCACUCCACCUUUUUCGAUGGGAUUGCAUGCAUUGUAUCUGGCCUGCCCUCCACUGUCUCUCGGGUCGAGAACCUGGCUACGCCCAUCUUUGGCAGGUUUAUCCGGUGUCUCCAACCAGUGCUGGUCUCUAGAAAGGACCCAGACUCCAGGAAGAACACAAUCCUGGCGAUUGAAAGUAGAGCUAAGUCUGAAGGCCAAUGGCCACAGGUCCUGAUAUUUCCAGAGGGAACAUGUACAAAUCGUUCAUGUCUUAUCACUUUUAAACAAGGUGCCUUUAUUCCAGGUGUCCCUGUACAGCCUGUCCUCAUUAGAUAUCCCAACAAACUGGAUACAGUGACCUGGACUUGGCAAGGUUUCAGCUCGAAGAUGCUACUGCUGCUAACUUUGUGCCAGCUCUACACCACAGUGGAGGUUGAGUUCCUGCCACCACACCUCCCCACACAGGAUGAAAAGAAAAGCCCCGCUCUGUUUGCCAGCAGAGUGAGAGACGCUAUGGCCAAGGUUUUGGGCGUUCCAGUGACAGACCACACUUAUGAAGAUUGUCGCCUCAUGAUCUCAGCUGGAGAGCUAACACUUCCCAUGGAGGCUGGCCUGGUGGAGUUCACAAAGAUUAGUCGCAAACUCAAUUUGAAGUGGGACAGUGUUAAGAAGGAACUUGAGGGAUUUGCAUCCAUGGCCUCCACCUGCAGGGGAGGGCGCAUAACCAUUGAGGAGUUCGCCAGGAUCCUGAAGCUACCGGUCAACCCGGCUCUUGAGGAGCUGUUUGCAUUGUUUGACAGGAACGAGGAUGGCACCAUCGACUUUAGGGAGUAUGUUAUCGGUGUCACCAUCUUGUGUCGACCAGCGAACACUGAAGAUGUUCUACAAAUGGCUUUCCGGUUGUUUGAUACAGAUGAAGAUGGGAAAAUCACCCUCGAUGAGUUUAACGCUCUGCUGCGUUCUGCUCUGGGUGUGUCAGACCUGAACAUGGCCAAACUCUUCAGGGAGAUUGAUGCCGAUUCUUCUGGCUUUGUGACUUUCAAUGAAUUUCAGGCUUAUGCCUCUAACCACCCUCAGUAUGCCAAACUCUUCACGACCUACCUGGAGCUUCAGAGAUACCAGGCGAUCCAAGAGGCAAUGCCGGGUGAUCUGGAAUUAGCCGGGCAGUGCAGUUCAAUGCUAACAACUGAGGACAGCAGCUCUGACAAAAAAGACGACUGAGACCACUGAUAACUGUAAUCUUUGUUCAACAAACAAACAUAAAACAAAUGCAAGGCUGCAACAUAUGCCAACAUGUUUCCUUCUAAUAUAAAAAUGCAUGCAUUUUGUUGUAGAAUUCUUUUGUUUUUAAAAAGUAGUGCCUUUUGGAUUUUAAAUGAGUCAUCACAUAAGGAGUAUUUGUAAUAGGAUGAAAUUAUGUAAAAUCAAAUUAAUAUAUCUGUUAAAAAACAUCUAAACCCAGCAGGAGUUAGUCAGUCUUACAGAGUUAUAUACUUGAAUUUUAUUUUUAAAUUUGUUUUGUAGCCUCACUCUUUGUUGCACUGAGAUGAACACAGCCCCAUGUACCCUAUCCUUUGUCUUUGUGGUUUGUAUUUACAUGACAGGAAAAAUUUGCCAAACCAACAUAUCUUUAAUCAUAAGCAAAGAGUCCCUGUGCUUCUGUGUUGUUGUAUAAUUAAUGUUCAGUAAGCUGCAGUAAGAGCUUUCCAGUCUGGUGAGCCAGAGUUAUAUUCUGUACUAAAGCUAUGUUUACAAUGAGCAUAGAUGCUGUGCCAUACACUUUUUUGCAGCGCUCAGGGACAAAAACCUUGUAAGACGUCCAUGUAAUUAGCCAGAAGUUUGCUUUGCAUAUGUACCUAUUUGCAUUUCUACUGAAGACAGUUGUUGCUGAGACAGCACUGUGCCUGUGCUGCUUUAAGUUGACUAAAGCAAAUCAAGCAUUGAAAAUAGGGCAAUUUGUGAGCAAAAAGCCAACAGUGCUUCUUCACAGUAGCAUAUUCCAGCGGGGUAUGCUUUGAGUCUUAACAAGCCAUAUUGUUAUUUAGUGAAGCGUAUUGCAAUUAUGUGAGCUGUAUGUUAUUUGUGAACAUUGCAAAGUUUGCUUUUUGAAAUAAAAGAACAGAAUACUA